UGCGGGAUGGAGGCGGCGCGGCGGCCGCCGCCGCUGCUGCUCCCGCUCCCGGUGCUGCUCCCGCUGCUGGCGGCGGCGCUGGGCGCGGCGGGGCGCGGCGGCCCCGGGCCCGUCACCUGCGGCUCGGUGGUGAAGCUGCUCAACGUGCGGCACAACGUGCGGCUGCACUCGCAUGAUGUGCGCUACGGCUCCGGCAGCGGGCAGCAGUCGGUGACCGGGGUGUCGGCGGCGGAUGAUGGGAACAGCUACUGGCGGGUGCGGGCCCGCACGGCCGCCGUGUGCCGGCGGGGCACGCCGGUGCGCUGCGGGCAGGCCAUCCGCCUCACGCACCUGGGCACCGGCCGCAACCUGCACAGCCACCGCUUCACCUCGCCGCUCUCCGGGAACCAGGAGGUGAGUGCGUUCGGGGAGGCUGGCGAGGGCGACUACCUGGACGACUGGACGGUGGUGUGCAGCGGGACCUACUGGGUGCGGGACGACGAGGUGCGCUUCCAGCACACCUCCACCGACGUCUUCCUCUCGGUGACCGGGGAGCAGUACGGGCGGCCCAUCCACGGGCAGAAGGAGGUGCACGGCAUGGCCGCCUCCAGCCAGAAUAACUACUGGAAGGUGAUGGAGGGCAUCUUCAUGCAGCCCAGCGAGGCCUUCCAGAUGGAGCAGUACCACGCUGAGUUGUGAGGGACAGACAGACUGAUGCUGAGCCUCUGGGCGCUGCACUGCUGUGUUUGGGACUGCUGAGUGUGGGGGAUGGCUCCUCUCCCCACCCUGGGACUGACACACACCACUGACACAGGGCCAGCAGCACAAAGCAGAUCCCAGUGUCCUCAAUUCAAUGUGGAGCAGAUUCCAUUGUCCCAAAUCUGACACUAAACACGUUCUGGUGUCCGGACCUGACCCAAAGCGGCUCCGCACAUCCUAAAACCACUACAGAGCAGAUCCCAAUGUCCAGACCUGGCCCACAACAGAGCCCAACGUCCUAGAUCGGCACAAAGCAGGUCCGAAUAUCCCAAAUUAGCACAAAGCCAAGCCCAACAUCCAGACCUGACCUAAAAUACAUUCCUAAACACCCACUCUGUCCAAGGACUCACCCCUUCAAGGACUGCUGUCCCUGGGAGCUGUACCCCUUGCUGUACCCCAAACUGCUCCUCGUGCCCUGCAAGGAGCUGGGGCCAUAAAAGUGCUGAACUCUG